UUUCUCUCAUUUCUUUUUCUCUUUAAGUUCAAGUUGUAGUUUUUGGGAUAUGGCUUUGAUCUGGGUUUAGAGAAAGAGAGGCUGAGAUGUGGUGGUUUGGAUUUGGGUAGAGAGAGAGGGGUGAGGUCAGCGGUGGUUUGGAUUUGGGUUUAAAGAGAGAAGGGCUAAGAUCGGCGGUGAUUUGAAGCAGAUCAGCGGUGAACCCAGUGCUUUCGCUCUUCCCAGCAAUGUCUUCGGACCUUAUGGUGGCAGUGGCAGAUCGAACCUUGUGGUGGAAGAUCGACCAUGCUCUAGCAAUGGCGGGUGCUGAUUAUGUAGAAUGUGGCAUCAACCUUGAAGCCUUAGAGAGAAGUGGGUGGGAACAGACACCACCACAUUUGCUGGCUGAUGAGCAAAGUUUCAAUAUUGGAAAUGAGGAAAAGGGUGCUGAAAUAUUAAUUGUUAAGAUGUGCAGUGGGCAACAAAAGAAGAAGCAAGCAUGCACCAAAGGGCUAAAGCCUUUGUCACAAACUUCAUUUAAAAAUGAGAGAUUUAAUGUGUUGAAAGUGUGAUUUUUUUUUCAGUGGAAUUGUAAAAAAUUUACUCAAGUG